AUGGCAGAUUCCGAAGAAUCACUCGACAUUGGUAGGCCCGCCGUGCGGCAAUACCCUGUGCAGGGAGAGGAACAGACAGUCGCCAGAGAGAAGCCGUCGAAGAAACUUGAUGAGGCGUUGAAGAGGCUUGAUGAGCCGUCGAAGAAACUUGAGGAGCCGUCGAGGAAACUUGAGGAGCCGUCGAAGAAACUUGAUGAGCCGCCGUCGAAGAAAAUUGAUGAGCCGCCGUCGAAGAAACUUGAUGAGCCGCCGCAGAAACUUGAAGAGACUUGA